AUCAAAGAUAACACACAAAGAAAAAUACAACUUUCUUCUCUUCUAGUUUGUUAUUUGACGGCAAUGGCUCAAAAUGAUAAGGAUACAAGAAUCGCCCAAAAGGCUUUUGAAAUAGUCGAUAACGUGUAUGGUAAGUCCCAAAAAAUAACCCCUAAACCAUAUGUUCCUGAAAACGAGUUUCCUAUUCAUUUUAACCAAAAUUCCUACGAAUAUGGUGGUCCCAAAUUUUAUACGGUGAAAGAGUCAACUAGUACUAUUACUGCUCGCCGAGUCAUAUAUCAAUCUCCAAAUGAGUCAACUAUAGUAAAACCGAUUGUUUAUCAUCCUACGGAUCGUAUUCAAUACUUCAGUGGCGCCCGUCCUUUUGUUGGCCAUGUUGACCGCUUUGAGAGGCCGAAAAAACGGGCUAUUAGCUGUGACGAGGCCGUUCAGCGCUAUGGAGGGGUGCUUAUAAAGGAGUUUCGUAAUUAAGUGGGGUGGAACGCAAGCUAUGCAAGCUGAAGAUCGAUGCAAUAUACUAAGUGAUAACAAGUAUGAUAGUUUAUAUUUCUGCCUUCGGAAAAAGUACAAACCAAGACAUAAGUGUUUGUUACUUAAAUAAGGUUUAGAUCACUACCAACUGUUGGGUCUGUUAUGUAUUCAAAUGAAGUGAUAUAAGCUGAAACUACUCUAAGCUGAAACUAUAAUGUUAUGGUGUAACUACUAGUAAUGUAAUCUGAUAUGCUUUUCUAUUAAAUGGAAUUAUGUAAACAUUAAAACA